AUGUCGGAUGACACUCGCUCGAUCGUCACUCGCUAUCUGAAAAUGCACGACCAACGCAAUGGUAGGCAGUUCGCACAAUUGUCACUCGACAUUGAACAACGCAUGAUUGCCCCGGUGGUCUGCAUUAUCUGGAUCUGGAUACGAUUUUCGGAGGGGUAUCAACGACCCUCCGUCAGGAAAACGAAAUUCCAAUGGUAUGGAAAUCAGGCAAGCAACGCCACAUAG